AUGUCCAUUAUAAUCUGCCCGAACAAGGUUUCGCCAACUGUCCUGGCGGCGCGUGAAGAGCUUAAUCGAGCUCUGGAAGCCAAAUAUAUUGAGACCAGACAAUGGUACGAGUACGCCAGCCCUGCCGACUACAGACGGGCAGAGCUUGAUGGGACAACGGGGCUCGGGAAGCCAAUUUUUGACUCGGAAGCCAUUGAUUUCUUUCUUCCUUCAAGCCACGGCGACCAUUCAAUCCUCUUGAGGCAAUUUAUACCCAAGGGAAAGGUAUCUAAAGGUGUAUUCUUGCACUUUCAUGGAAGUGGAUUCUGCAUCAGCUCCGCCCGCUUGAACGAUGGUUACCUUCGUCAUUUGGCCGACACGCUCUCUCUUACGGUCGUGACAGUGGACUAUCGCAAAGCACCGGAGGAUCCUUUUCCCGCGCCCCUGGACGAUGCUAUCGAUGCUGCGCUCUUUGCUUUGUCUCUAGAUGGGGAACAAAAACUUCGAGGGCCGCUCACCAUCAUUGGUGGUGAGUCUGCUGGUGCCUAUCUCAGCGUAUGGGUUACCCUAGAACUCCGCCAACGAGGAAUAGACGUCAUGAGUCGCAUCAAGGGCUUAGUGGCUUCUUAUGGAAUCUAUGACAUGACCUAUCUCCCUUCUGCGAGGAAUUAUUCCCGCCGUCUGAUGCUCAAUAACGAGGACGUGUCGCGCUUCAUCGAUACAGCAUUACCGCAGGACGUAUAUCCGCUAGAUGUCCGAAAACAGCCGCACCUAUCGCCGUUAUAUGCUGAUCUACGGGGCUUACCUCCCGCUUUUUUCCUCGUUGGCUCUGAGGACCCACUCAUUGAUGACUCUGUCUUUUUGGCCACAAAGUGGGGGAUGGCCAAGAAUGAAACAUCCUUGAAGAUUAUCCCAGCCGCGUUUCACGGCUUCACGCUGUUUCCUAUCGGCGAGAUGGCCGAUGAGGGCAUUAGAGGUUGCUGA